ACAGUCUUUGAUCGUUAUUAAAUCGGUUUUAUUGAGGUGUAAUGAACAUUUAAUAAACGGUACACAUAUGACAUGUUUACACGCACAAAACCAUCAUUGCAGGAGGCAGCCAUCUUGCUCUCGCCGCGUGCUGUUGUUGGAGGACCCUCCCGGCUUCAGAUUUACCAACAGCAUGAAUCAAGAAAAGUUAGCCAAACUUCAGGCUCAGGUCCGGAUAGGGGGCAAGGGUACAGCUCGCAGAAAGAAGAAGGUGGUACAUAGAACAGCUACAGCUGAUGACAAAAAACUUCAGAGUUCUCUAAAAAAACUGGCUGUGAAUAAUGUAGCUGGUAUUGAAGAGGUGAACAUGAUUAAAGACGAUGGGACAGUUAUUCAUUUCAACAAUCCCAAAGUCCACGCUUCCCUUUCUGCUAACACCUUUGCAAUUACUGGUCAUGCAGAAGCCAAACCAAUCACAGAAAUGCUUCCUGGAAUAUUAAGUCGGCUUGGUGCUGACAGCUUAACAAGUCUUAGGAAGUUAGCUGAACAGGUCCCUCGGCAAGUGUUGGAUAGCAAAGCACCAAAACCAGAAGACAUUGAUGAGGAGGAGGAUGAUGUUCCAGAUCUCGUAGAAAAUUUUGAUGAGGCAUCAAAGAAUGAAGCUAACUAAAAAAUUUUUUCUGGUGUUUGGAAGCUGGCAUGGACUAGAGUUAACAAAUCAGCUAUGUGGUUCCAAAGUUUUACAGACGUGGAGAACAUCAAUUGUUACUAGUUCGGUAAUAUAAAUAUUUUGUAUAUUAAUAAUGCUGUUCAGCAUUUUUCGGUCAUUUGAUUUUGCAUUUUGCACUUCCUCCCAGGAUCUAUUCUUUUGGUCAAAAUAUGAAGUAUUGGUGCAGUUUGAGGGUGUUUUGGUGUUUGAUUCUCAGUUUUUUGUUUUGUUUUUUGUUGGAGUAUUUUUGGUGUGGGUAUGUGUAUGUAUGCGUGUGGGUAUGUGUGUAUACAGUGGAGAGCAAAUUGGAAAACAGUUCUAUUUAUCCUCCUUCUUCCCCCAGUAGAAAUAAAACAAAUCUUUACA